UUUCAUACUUCGUAUUUCAAAAUAUGUAUUUCAGUUCAAUUUUUGUUCUUAUUAUCUGCAAAAAGGUCGAUCAUUCUCAUAAAACAAUCGAGUCGUGUCGUAAUUCAUCAAAAGUUAAUUAAUGUUUGUAUUUCGAGCAACACUUUUUAAUUUCUCGUCCUCGUGUGUAGAUUCAAGAUUGAUCAACAUUCAACAAUCAACACAAUACUCAAGUCUCAAACUCAAAUUUUGGUGAGAACUGUGUUAUUUUCUCGUUUUUCAUCGUCGUAAUGCCGUAAUGGUUAUUUUAAUACAAUUACAUGAUUAAUAAAUAGUUUCGUAAGCGAAAUACAUUCUCAAGUUUUGAUUGUGUAAAUCCACGAUACCCAUUAUCUGCAUUCGUGUUCUGCUACGGUACCCGAUGUGAAACUCAUCACACAUGCUGAUUAGUUUGAAAAAAACCGCUGAAAAAUCGUUUCGUAUCGUUGCCUGAAAAUCAAUCCACAUCUAGAUUCCAUAUCGGUCGUUUAAUUGGUUUUAAAAUUCUCGUAAACAAUUCGGUUGCCUCAACGAAAGCGUAGAAAUGGAUUUACAAACAGAAACCGACAUUUCGGCUAUUUUACGGCAAUGGGAUGAGGAUCAGGCUACUUCGAUGUAUGAUCCGGUUCCUCUUCUUACCAGAUUGGCCGAAUUAGUCGAAGCAGAAGCCGAAAAUUAUCAAAAAAUUGAUCCGGAUCCGUUCGAUGAAAGACAUCCGUCACGUGCUGAUCCAAAUUGCUCGUUUGGGCAAAUGUUGAAAGUUUUAUUUCGAAAAGAUACGUUUAUGAAUAAGUUGGUUAAUGAUUAUUUACGAGAGAAUUACUGGACCAGACAGGGGGUAAAUAAAAGAGAUAUAAGACCACUGAACACGGUCGCUUGUAGACUUAUGAUCGAUAUUAUGCCCGGUUUGGAGACAUCAGUCGUAUUCGAAACGCCCACCAACGAUGCACUCGUUCAAAGACUAUAUUGCUGGGCUGAAAGAGGAGGCGAUCCGCUUCAAACUUACGCCACUGGUUUAAUAGCUGCUGCUAUGGAAGUCCAAGAUAUCGCCAAUAUGACCAGAGAACUAAACAAUAAGUUAGUACCGCUAAUGUUAGACAGACUGCACGCGUUACAUAAACAAGCAUGUGUUGAGAAAAUGCAACAAGAAGUUCCUUCUACCACUACAUCUCCAUCUAUUAAUUUCGCUCGUCCGUUCGCCCAUUUGGCCAAAGACAAGGAAAAUUCAGAUACUCAUUGUAAUAAUCACGAUUCGAAAAUUAAUAACGGAUUUUCUAAUUCUUUGUCACAACAAGAUCACGGAUCAUCGGAUCAAGUGAUUAAUGGUUAUUUAAACGAAAACGAAUCAGAUUACACGGAAUCGUUGAAAAGAAGAAGAAGCACCGAUUACAGCGGAAUGACUUCUCCAAUUUAUAGUAAAAAACCGAGUCCUUAUCAUAGUGAUUUUAGUAAUUCAUCGUGGGCUGAAAUGGAAACUUUAAUUAUCGGAAAUGUUCAAAUACAUCCUCCCACCUUAGCUACUAAACAAAUGUUCAUAUUGAAAUAUCUCACUCCGAUGGGAGAAUAUCAAGAAUUUUUAAGUCACAUUGUCGAAAAAAAUGCCCUCAGUCUGAUAUUACAAAUAAUCAAUAGAAAAAAUUGGCAAAAUGCUCGAUUGACGUUCGAAGCAUUACGAUAUUUAGCAGCCAUUUUGUGCCAUAAAAAAUUUGCUAUUGAAUUCGUGAAUAUGCAAGGCCUACAAAAAUUACUAGAAGUGCCCCGAAUUGGAAUAUCAGCCACUGGUGUAUCUAUUUGCUUCUUUUACCUGGCUCACUGCGAAGACUCCAUGGAGAAAAUCUGUUUGCUUCCUUCUCACGUUAUUUCUAAACUAAUAAAAUAUGGUUUAUGGUUAUUGGAAUGUUCUCACGAUUCUGGUCGUUGCCACGUUACGAUGUUUUUUGGAUUAUCGUUUCAAUUCCGCGUUAUUUUGAAAGAAUUCGACGCCGCUGAUGGCUUGAGGAAAUUGGUCAACGUGUUGAGCACUUUACCGAUUUUGGCAUCGGAAGAUACGAGAAGAAACGAAGACGAAGAAUGCUCCGUACGUCAAAUCGUAAGACAAGUGUGCGCAGCAUUGAAACGUUACUUCGAAGCACAUUUGUUCCUAAAAACAGAGAAUACCAGACGAGCGUUCAUGAGGGAUACGAUAUCACCCGAUACCAAAGGGCAAAAUUUGAUUUUACCUAGUUAUAAAUCUGGUAAAUCGACUCCUGAAGUUGUAAGGGGCGAAAUUAAUUUCCUAUUAGAGUACUUGAAUUUCAAAGCUCGUUGGCAACCGGUUAAUGAAUUCAUGGAUUUGGGAGGAAUCACUUUGAUGCUGAAGAUAAUCGCGUUCACGUACGAUUGGAAUUAUUCCGGCAGAGUCGAAACUGUGCGAAGUGCUUUGGACGUGAUAAACAUUUGUUCGGUGCUUCCAACUGUGCAGUUGCAACUCUGCGAUGUGAUUCAGUUACCCGAAGAUACAAACACGUUAGGAAUUACGAUUAUUCUGGGUGCAGCCGAAGGCGAAAUCGUCACCGAUCCUGAAGUUCAGAAGGCAGCCCUUAAUGUCAUAAUUACCUGCGCUUGUGCUCCUGUCACUAGAGAUGUAUCUUCGGUGAGCUCGUUCUCGUCGAGCAGUGCUCGUAAAAAAUGGCCCAGGGUGCAAAGCGGCGAAGAAAUAGUUCAAAAAGUAUGGGAUUGUAUCAGAACGAGCAACGGUAUAAUGGUAUUGAUGACUUUGAUGACCAUCAAGACACCGAUCACCGAUGCAGAUGCUAUAAGAGCAUUAGCCUGUCAAGCCUUGGCUGGAUUGGCUAGAAGCGAAACCGUAAGACAGAUUAUCAGCAAAUUACCACUUUUUACUACCGGACAGCUGCAAAGUCUUAUGAACGAUCCUAUUCUACAAGAUAGAAGACAGGAACAUGUGAUAUUUCAAAAAUACGCCGUCGAACUGAUGGAAAAGGUUUCGGGUAAAAGUAAAGCGACCGGGUCGCAAUUGGAGGCAUCUUUAGCGAACAUGCACAAAGCAAAUGUGGUAGCUCAGACUAAAAUCAUGUACAACAAUCGACAACUGUUUCAAAUCAUUCAUCAACAUUUAUUGAAACACGGUCUGAACGAGACAGCGAACGUACUGCAGAAAGAAGCCAAUUUACCACCGAUCAAAACGCCUAUUCCAGUACCAAAUUUAUCACCGUUCGCUUACAAAAUGAGUAAAGCUCGACUGAACAACGCUUCCGAUCCGAAACAUAUGAAACCAGUGUUACCGAAUCAAAACUGUACGGAUGUUUCUCCUUCUGUCGCAUCUCGAGUUUCGAACGCUCCUUUCUUUCAAUCUCCUAUCAGAGUUAAUUUAAAUAACAGACGUUUCGAGCAGAAAGGAUUUCAAACACCUUCUCCUGGUAGAUCACUUCAAAAACAAAUGCGCUGUGAACUAGUGCUUCCUCCUCCUCAGCCCGAAAGAAACACUAAUUUGGAUUCUAUUAUUACCGAGUAUCUUGCUAACCAACAUUCCUUGUGUAAGAAUCCGAUGGUGACUUGCCCGCAGUUCGAUUUACUAUUACCACAUAAAUGCCCGGAUCCUAAACCGAAGAAAUUAUUGUACGGUAAUUUCACUACUCGAUUUAGUAAAGGAAUGCAUAUCAGAAGACUGGACGAACACCUCGUACAUAGCAGAUUUUACCAAGUUAAAACAUUCAGACUGAUGGAAGACGAAGGAUAUUUUAAUUGUUGCGAAUUUGUGAAUGAUAGAUGUAUUUUAGCUGGCACUUAUCACGGAUAUGUAAAAAUGUUGAACUUGCAUACAGGCAUCGAAGACGGAUCGUGGUCCUGUCAUCAGUCGUAUAUUUCCAAUUUGUCGAUUAAUUCUGAAGGAAGUUUGGUCGCUACGUCGUCCGCUUGGAGAUCGCCUUUAUCUGCUUUAUGGAAGAUUAGAGAAAACUCUUUAGAUAAUUUGUAUUAUUUUAACGACGAAGAACAUUUCGAAUUCAGUAACGUAACUGAAGAUAAAUUAAUAGGAACUAAAGGCGUUGAAGCUACGAUUUACAACAUCGAGAGGUGUAAAAAGAUAAUGACGUUGAAACCUAGUCAAAGUAAUCAGUAUAAUAAAAAUCGAGCUGUAUUCAAUCCAACUGACGAAUUAGUUCUGUCCGAUGGAGUACUGUGGGAUGUGACCUCCGGUAAAGAGAUUCAUAAAUUCGAUAAACUCAAUCAAACGCUGAGCGGUGUGUUUCACCCGAACGGACUCGAGAUCAUAUCAAAUGCCGAAGUAUGGGAUAUUAGGACGUUCCAUUUGUUACGUACAGUUCCUUCUUUGGAUCAGUGCGCUGUGGUAUUUCCUAAAACUGGCAGAACGUUUUACGCCGUUACCACUGAUAGAGAAAUUGAUGGCGAUGCUGCUCUGGAUACGUCAUUUAAAACCUUAGACGCUUACGAUUAUUCUAGUAUAACUACGGUAGACGUGAAAAAACCCAUUUGUUAUCUGGCUUGCAAUCGAUUCGAUACUCAGAUAGCAUUGGUGGAGAAUUGCGGUCAUUUCGAAGAUAUCGAAGAAUCAUCUCUGCGCAUCUACGAUGUCGGAAGAUCGAAAGAUGACGACGAUGAAGCGGAGGAUGAAGAUGAAGAAGAAGAUGACGAUAUUAAUUCCGGAUCAGGAUCCGAUGAUCAACAAGACGAAGGUCCUCUAGAACUUAUAGACGAUAACGAUGAUGGCAACGACGACGAUGAUAAUGACGAAGAUGACGACGACGACGACGAUACCGAAGACGAGUUCGCUUUCUACAACGCUCUAUCCGGAAAUUCGAGUUCUAGCGAGAAUACAUCAGAUUCCAACGACGACGACGAUAUAUAAAUGUUCUUCGAAUUACAUAAAUGUAUUUCAACCCUACAGAAAUUUCGCCGUGAUUUGUAAGUGUUAAUGCAGGGGCUAGUCAUGUCAAUGAAUGAGUAUCGGUUUAUUUUUAUUCGUUUCGUACCCUUCGUUGCUUCCAGUUACCAUGGAUUGUAAAUUAGGGCUAAACGAUACCUAUUUUAGUAUUACUAUCUUGUGUGAGAGUUGCCGAAAAAGUUUUUAUUAAAAUUUCAUCGUAUAUGUAUUUAUGUACUACCUUAUUAUGCUCUAACGUUGAACAAGCAAUAUGCCCGGAAUUCGAUUUUACCUCGUGUGUGUUGGAUAAAUUGAAUGUCAUGUGAAAAAAAUAGCUCUUCGGUGUAUUAUUAUAUUAUUACUGAUGAGUGAUGAGCGAUGAUACGAUGAUGGGAGAAAUGUUUACAUAUUUGUCGUGAACAUUUCAUUCGAAUCUUGUCAAGUGUAUUUGAUUGUGAUACUUUUUGUAAUAUUUCAACUUGUGCUAUUUUUCGAUUGAUCGAUUGAUUGAGUUAUUAGAAGGUUUGAGUUUUGUUUUUUUAAUCCGAUUGAGAUUGGAAAUAAAAAUGACAUGCACAAAGUCUCGAAAUUAGUAAUAUUCUUUUAUUUAGUAAUCACCGAACGUAGAAAGAUAAGAGUAAGCGUUCUAUGCUUCUAAGAUUUUACUUCUGUUAAAGACAUUUCUACUUCGAAAUAAAAGAAGAUUUUAUACGA